CGAAAAGAAAAGACGUGUAUAGUGUGAAUAGUCUUUUUAGCGUUUUAACAAAGAUUUUCCACUUUUGGGGAAAUCUUUUAUAGAAAUCGCAGCAAACAAACCUUUUUAAAGUUCUGCCCUUUAAUUUAAUACAAAAAAUAAUAGUGAAUCAAGAAAAUUUAAGUGAACAAUUUCUUCUCAUUCCCUGCUAAAGGGGUGGUGAAAAGCCUGUGUGUGUGGAGACUCCAGGUGGAAGUUGACGUAUGCAGUGUUGGUGAGAAGUAAAAAGGCGCUCCGUCGUGAUGUCACUGCUUCCCAUUUUUCGUUAAUUGGAUCAUUUUAAUUCAGUGCGUCUUUCAAGUUUUAGACGCAUUUAUUUCUUUGGAUUGGAUAUUGUUAGUGUUUACUUCAGCUUAAUCUACUUGCGCUCAUUUACCUCUACAUACAAAGCUUGUGUGUUUUCGUUAAUUUGGCUUAGUGGAAGUGCAUUGUAGCAAUUUAAUUUAAUUUAAUAAUUGACUACAAUUUGUUAAUUAAAUUGCAAAUUGAAGUGAGACCGAUGUGACAGGCGAAAUUCAAUAUUCAUUCCACUUCAGUAAUUUGCAAAACGUUAUAAAAAAUUACCAAAGAGGGCAAUAAAAGCACAAAGCACAUAACGUAAAAUUAGAGAAUAAAGCAUGUUACCAAAGAAAGAGUUGUGGUAAAAGAUAACGGCAACAACGGAAGUGGAGAGAAAAGUGGAGUAAAGUUGAGGAAUUUAUAAAAAAAUACGUCCAACAGAAUAGAGUAGUGUGAGUGCAAAGUGAAAUUUUAGUAUUGGUUCUAAAACUGCUAGCGAAUACGGCUAAACGGGUUAGCAACAAAAAAAAAAACACUAACAAAAGCGACAUAAAUACAUACACGUCCCUCUAAACGCAACGAUUCGAAACGCUAUACAGGCGAACACAUCACAAUUCCGCCCACAACAACCUGCCACACCCACUACUGAUGCUCUGUAGUCGCCGUUAUAUAAAUUCAAGCACGGCUGCCGUCCACUGCAGAUUAAGAACUCAAAACGAGUACCAAAACCGAAAUUGGAUAUAGAUAUAUCCCACCGCUGCAACAAACUAUAUUUCUGGAGCGACUUCCCCCAUUCCGUCUAAUACACAUCAUACAUACAACAUUAACACAAAUACGAUUCGUCUGAGCGUAUCAACCGUUUGACUAUUUAAUCCCUUAAUCAUCCCCUCCAAAAAUAAACCACCCGUCCAUUACAAAACCAAUACACAAACACGCAAGACGGCUGCAGUAUGUCUGAAUUGGAAAAUGCCGCAACAGCCGGUAAAACUAAUGAGGAGUUGCGUAUGGAAGUUGAGCGGCUGACGCGCGAACUAGAUCAGGCGGCCAGUGAGCGAGCACAAUCUGCACAAUAUGGACUGUCGCUGUUGGAGGAGAAAUCGACUCUUGAACAAAAAUGUGAGGAGUUGGAGACGUUGUACGAUCAUGCCAAACACGAGUUAGACAUCACACAGGAGGCGCUCGCCAAAUUCCAAACUUCACAAAAAGUCACCACAAAAACUGGCAUCGAACAGGAGGAGUCACUGCUCACCGAAACCGCAGCACUCGAAACAACUUUGAACAGCAAAAUUUUAGACUUAGAAAAUGACACGAAGCAAUUGCGCCACGAAUUGGAGCGAGUGCGCAACGAACGCGAUCGUAUGCUGCAAGAGAACGCCGACAUUGGGCGUGACAAGUCGGACAAUGAGGCCGAAAAGUUACGUCUUAAGGCCGAGCUGAAGGAUCUGAAGUUUCGUGAGACACGCAUGCUAACGGAAUACACAGAACUGGAGGAAGAAAACAUAUCGCUGCAAAAGCAGGUGUCAAGCUUGAGGAGUUCACAGGUUGAAUUUGAAGGUGCCAAACACGAGAUACGUCGCCUCACCGAAGAGGUGGAACUAUUAAAUUCACAAGUUGAUGAAUUGGCCAAUCUAAAAAAAAUUGCUGAAAAACAAAUGGAAGAAGCCUUAGAGGCUUUGCAAUGUGAACGUGAGGCAAAAUAUGCACUCAAGAAAGAAUUGGAUAGCCAUUUGAAUCGUGAAUCCAUGUACAAGAUAAGCAAUUUGGCUUAUCUACGUAGUAACAUGGAUGACAACAUCAGCGCCAAUAGUGAUGGCGAAGAGGAAAAUUUGGCUUUGAAACGGCUUGAGGCCGACUUGACUACUGAAUUGAAUGCAACCGAUGGCACCAAAUGUGAUCUCUUCUCGGAGGUGCAUCUCAAUGAAUUGAAGAAGUUGGAAAAACAACUGGAAUCCAUUGAGAAUGAGAAAAUGUUACUCACUGCGAAUUUACGAGAGGCACAAACCAGUUUGGAUAAAUCACAAAAUGAAAUACAAAAUUUCAUGGCUCGCUUAGCGCUCCUAACUGCACAUGUCGAUGCACUACUACAGCUGAAGAAACAGCUGGAUAUCAAGGAUGAUUCCAUGGAGGCGGUGAAGCGUCGCAAUGAUGAGCAAAAUGUGCGACAACAACUAUUGGAUAUACUCUCACAGUAUAAUAGUUGGUUCACACUCUCUUCCAAGGAGAUUGACGGUCUCAAGACUGAUUUGGUUGAGCUGCAAAAGGGUUUCAACUACACUGACGCAAUGACAACCCUCCGUAAUGAGGUCACAAAUUUGAAAAAUAAACUGCUUGCCACCGAGCAGAAAUCACUAGACCUGCAAAGUGACGUACAGACACUCACAAGUAUUUCACAAAAUGCCGGACAAAGUUUGGGUUCGGCACGCUCCACUUUGGUGGCCUUAAGUGAUGAUUUAGCGCAGCUGUAUCAUCUAGUUUGCACCGUGAACGGUGAGAUACCGACACGUAUUAUGCUCGAUCCGAAGAGUGAUGACAUGAGUUUUGAAAACGAUUCGCUUACUGCCAUACAGUCGCAGUUCAAGUCCGAUAUUUUCACUUCCCGCUCGCAUACAAUUGAAGAUCUGCAAGGACUUGCCGAUUCUGUAGAAAUUAAAAAGUAUGUCGACACUGUGGGUGAUCAGAUUAAACAUUUGAAAACCGCUGUGGAGCACACAAUUGAACACAACAAAAACAAAGUGCGCGGUGACGUUUCUGAAGCUGACAAAUAUAACCGCGAAGAAGUCGAGGAAUUGCAAGAACAAAUCGUACGACUCAAGGGCUUGCUAUCACUCAAACGUGACCAAAUCGCUACAUUGCGUACUGUAUUGAAAUCAAAUAAACAGACCGCUGAGGUGGCACUCACCAAUCUCAAAUCGAAAUACGAAAAUGAGAAGACAGUGGUCAGCGAGACAAUGGCCAAAUUGCGCAAUGAACUGAAGAUACUCAAAGAAGAUGCAGCGACAUUCUCAAGUUUGCGUGCCAUGUUCGCCGCGCGUUGCGAAGAAUACGUCACACAAGUGGAUGAUUUGAAUCGCAAAUUGGAGGCAGCUGAAGAGGAGAAGAAGACGCUGAAUCAGCUGCUGCGUCUGGCUGUACAGCAGAAAAUUGAAUUGACUCAGCGUAUGGAGGAAAUGGAAAUUGAUCGAGAAACUCGCUUUGCGCGUCGUUCGAUGCCUCCACAACGCGGCAGCAGCGGCAAAUCGUUCUCGUCACGGCCCUCAACACGCAAUCCGACUGGCAGCAAUCAGAAUCAAUUCUAACAUAAAAUAAGCGUGCAGCGAAAACUUUUAGCCUUAGUUUAUACACUGCUUAAGUUAUAAAGUCAUUUUUUAUGCAAACUGUCACACAGUCACGUGCCACUUCUACGGUAAUGAGGUAUCUUAUAUGCACCACAGCAAAAUAUUAAUGUGUAACGUGAUAAGUUUUAGCACGAAAGAUAAAAAUAGGUACGUUUUUUAUACAAAGACAUGGGGUGAAAUGAAAAUGCACACAAAAAACAAGAGAUGUUUUUUCCCGAAAAAAGCACAAUGAUUCUGAAACUUUGAAGGAUUUAUGACAAGUUGUGCUUGCAAGACAUUUUCAACUCCUAUCUGCGUACGAGAAAUACUUCCGCCCUUAAAAUGAAGGCUCACAAUGCAUAUAAAUGCAUAAAAGUGACUGCAAUCAAUUAAUUUGAUUUAUCAACUUUGUAUUAAUCAUUCAAAUAUCAUACAAAGCAGGGUCUUUUUUAUAAUACUGUAUAUUCUAACGGCACAAUUGGGGGUAAAAGUUAAUUUUUUAGGAAUUAUCAGGUGACGGCAUAAUUAGCAUUGAAUGUAUUGUAGCGCCUCGUAAAACUUUCCAAUUUGUUUUUUAUCCCACUUUGGACUACAAAUUUCAAUAAAUAUCAUGGCGUGGGCGAUGAUAAGCAACAUAGAAUUUGUAGAAUACUGUCAAGUGACAUGCAACUGGGUUUGCUUUUCUGCUGGAAUUUAAAAUUGCUGCUCAGAUGCAUGGCACGGGCUUCAAGGUUUAAGCUAAUCGCUAAAAAAACCUUCGUCCUGUGAGUAAUGGCAUCAAAGAUUUAGAAGUGGUAAAUCUAGGACCCAAAGCAGCCGUCGAAAUUAACUUCUGCCCCCAAUUUUUUGAACAUUAAUAUAUUAUAUAUGUUUUUGUUGUUUUUGCACACAGCUGUACCAGUUUACAACAAAUGAGCAAUUUGUAGAAAGAAUUUAGGUACACAAUAUAUUUAUUUUCGAUAUCUGAAGUAAUAAUAAUUUUUUUUUUUUCAUAACCCGCAAAUUGUGCGCCAUUACUUUAGUACGACUUCGCGUGUGGUGAAUUUUUGAGCUAACACUAAGCCUACGAGAUGGGAUGUUUAACCCUCCAUUGGACACACGGGUCUGAUCAGACGUUUCUGAAAAUUGAAUUUUCUAUCGAUUUAUGGAAAUAACCUUUUAAAAAGGAUCCUCGAACAGAACGAAAAAAGGCCAGACCCGGGUGCCCAACCGAAGAUUUUAAAAAAGGUUUCCAACGGAAGGUUGAAUUUAGUUUACUUGGUGAGCGGAAUUAAACUUACACUGAAAACUGUUCCUUAAAUAUUUUUUAAAACGAAUGAACUUAGAACUGUUGAUCACUUGAUCACUAAAAACUGAAAUUUACAUAAAGCGCUCUAAACAGCAGCGAAUUUGGACAAUUUUAACUUGCAAUAAUAAAAGAAAAUUAAUUAUUAAUUUUUCUAGUGAAAACCAAGCUGUGAUGAAUAUUUAAACGGCGUUCAAGCUGGGUCAGUUUUUCAGUGCAAGUUUUGCUCUGUUUUCCUGGUAAAUGUCAAAUUUUGAGAAGUUAAUCUCUUGGGUACAUUUCACGUCCGACACACGUCAUGCACUUGUUUGCCCUAGGCGCCGAUGACGUGUUUUGUUUUUAUUAAUCAUUCUUUGAUUUUCAAUUCUAAUUACCUGAAGUCAUCUUAAGACUCAGUAUUUCACUAAUAUUUUAGAAAUAAAUAAAUUCUUACGUAAAAUGUACUGCUUUUACAUACAAAUCCAAGCAAACAAAAAUUCAAUCCGUUCCACAUGCAAAUAUAAUAUUUUUUCAAAUAAAUUCGUACGCAAGGGGUUGAACUCAGUUUAAAAAUUCACCACCGUUAAAUCAACACUAAAAAAAUGUGCCUCAUUAAAGCUGGUAAAUAGCGCUGAAAAAUCUUGACGAUUAAAACGCAUUUGUUCGGCACUUUUUAACUUUCUCCAAAAGCUCAAGCUGUGCAAAAAGUUUUUCAAACUUUUAGAAAAUCACUAAACAGGUUGAGUAUCUCUCCGGAAUACUUAAUGAUGUGCAAUAAGUAUAAACGAGUUGAGGUGUUACCUGUAUUCUGCUCGAAAAAGCUGAGGUUUUCUAGAAAAACGUUUUUCUUCAUUGUUUUGGGUAUCCUAUUCAACAUCUUGGCGCACAAGUAACUAGAAUAUCUUUUUUUCAAAACAUAAAAUUUAAUUAUGACCAAGCGAAUAGGAGGGAAAUGUGGAUUAUCACUAUAACCUAGCUCUCGAAAGCGACUCUACGCCUCUUCAAUUCGCCGCGUCUCUGCUCCGCUCACUUAACGAAAAAUUUGCCUGUGAAAGCAAAAACAAAGUUAUGGAGCAAAAUACGCCGCUCGCGAUUGUGGUUAUAGGCCUCUUCUAUUCGCCACUUCUCUGCUCGCUGUAACUCUGUUCAGCUCAUUUGACGAAAAAUUCGCCUGUGAAAGCAACAACAAAGUUAUCGAGCACGACUUUAGCGAGUAUGGUUUUAUCUGAUAAAACUUGUUGAACUCACUAUUUUCAGUGCUGUGAAAUCUCUCUUCUGCUAUUAGGAAGUUUCAUUAGACCGCAUUCAUACAGAGCAAAACUUGUUGCUUCAACUUUGCGAAUUCUCUUUUGGUGUUGCGCCUCUUGUUCAUGCAAUUGUUUAGUUUUUGGUCUACGAAAUCUAUAUUCUGAUCGAGAAGAAUGUGAACUCAAAGAGUGUUAGCAGAGCAUGAGCAACGAGUUCAAGCAACAAAUGUUUCCCUGUGUGAAUGCGAUUUUACUAAUUCUCAUUAAGAGCUUCCAAACAAAUGUAAUUUUAGGCAGCUCUAGUCCAGCGGGGCCUAGAUAUG